UAAAGUAUCAACCACUCAAAUGGUCUAAAGGCAACCAUGCCCUCUCUGUCUCUCCUUUUUUCUUCCUCUCAUUUGUUCAUCCUUUCUAAAACUCUAGCAAAAAGGACCAUCUUUUCUUCUCUAUCCGUCAUGUCAAUCAACCUCAAUGCCCAUGCAUUUGCUGGUAACCCUAUAAGAUCCAAAACCCCCAAACCCCACGACCCACUUUCCCAUUCUUCAGUUUUUCAGUCCCUCAAAACCCAUCUCCUCCAAAACCCAGAAAACAGCUCUCCUCCUCCAAGUUCCCCUCUUUUCAAGGUCCUUCCCUUUAGAAAGGGCAGUCCUUUGGCUUCUUCGUCUAUUACAGGGGACGAUGAUGUGCCUUGCUGGCAUCUGGGUUGGAUCAGUUUGCCUGAUUGCAAAGCUUUUCUGGUGAAAUGUGGGGUCGAUUUGACUGAGGAUUCUUUGGUUUAUUUGGGAACAAACGCUGAGGAGGAUGUUGUUUUCUGGGCUGUUGAUGUUUCUGAGGAAGACGGUUUGGUUCCUGAAUUAGGUGCCAAACAGCUUUGCUUUGUGGAGCUUAGGACACUGAUGGUGGCUACUGAUUGGGCAGAUUCUUCAGCUAUGGGCGAAUUGGCCAUUGCUGGUCAUGCUCGAGCAUUGCUCGAGUGGCAUAGCCUAUCACGAUUUUGUGGACAUUGUGGAGAGAAAACAGUCCCCAAGGAAGCUGGGAGAAGGAAACAAUGCUCCAGUGAGUUAUGCAAAAAGAGGAUUUACCCUCGUGUCGAUCCGGUUGUCAUCAUGUUGGUCAUCGAUAGAGAAAAUGAUCGUGCUCUUUUCAGUAGACAGUCCCGAUUCGUACCUCGAAUGUGGAGUUGUUUAGCUGGAUUUAUAGAGCCAGGGGAAAGCUUAGAGGAAGCAGUGAGGAGAGAGACGUAUGAAGAGACUGGCAUUGAAGUCGGAGAAGUUGUCUAUCAUAGUUCUCAGCCAUGGCCAGUUGGUCCGAGUAGCAUACCGUGCCAAUUGAUGGUGGGGUUCUUUGCGUACGCCAAAUCUCUUGAAAUAACCGUGGAUAAGGAAGAACUAGAAGAUGCGCAGUGGCACAAUAGAGAAGAUGUGAGGAAAUCAUUGGCUGUUGCAGAAUACAAGAAGGCACAAAGAACGACUGCGGCAAAAGUAGUUCAGAUGUGCAAAGGAGUUGAGAAGGGGCAGAGUUUGUCCGCAGAUUUUAACGUCGAGAGCGGGGAGCUGGCUCCCAUGUUCUUCCCUGGGCCAUUUGCAAUCGCGCAUCACCUCAUCUCCACCUGGGCUUAUCAAGAUGUACCGACUGAUGGUGUUGAAGCUGAUUUGAAACAGCUCAGCAGUUCCAUUCCAAAUCUAUAGAAUAUCUUCUACUAUAAAUAUAUCAAUAAUAAUUCAAGAAUAUGAAUGGAAGCAAUUCCCCUUUUUUACUUUUAGGGUAUUGCUGUAUAAAGCUUGCCUUGUGUUUGGUGUAAUCAACAUUUGGAUUCAAUGCUCAACUAAAGAUUCAUUU